AUGAACAACAGGGUUCACAACGGUAAAGUUAGUUGUGGAGAGAACAACAGGGCGUCGGCCUUGCAAAGGACAGGGCCAGGUCAAAAUACAGACUUUUGCAUUUUUCACAAUAAUUUUUCAAGUUCAGUUUUGUCUGAUCGAAUGGGGUUUUGUGUUGUGUACUGUACAUGUACAUGGGAGGAAUGGAUAAAAUACAAUCCGAAAGAGAAAACGAAAGAGUUGUUGUGUGCAUGCACUGUUGCAAAGGAUAUGGACAUUAUGGUAUCGAUGCCUUAUAUGAUGCUACAGGAACCAGACCAGCUUUCUGUAUCAAUUUGGCAAAUCUUUGCUAGUACAGCCAAGCCAAUUAGAAUGAACAUGGUGGAUAACAGUCAUCACUAUUACGAAGAAAUACAUUCAAAGCAAAAAGUAAAACGUGAUGGAGAAACCAAGGCAGAGACGUUGAUUCUCAACGCGGCAUAUAAUUUUAAUCACGCCAUUUAUAUCUAA